AUGUCUCUACCUGCGAAACCUGUCGAUUCCAACAAUCACGACUUUGAGUUUGCUCAGAGUGGUCUGGUGGCACCUUUGAGCAAUCCUCAAAUCUUGUCGGAUUUGAGUGGCGAUGUUGUCUGGGAUGCUGAUGCGUAUCAGUUUAUGUCGGAAGAGUGUCCUCCCACCACAAAUGAGCUGCUAUGGCGACAAGGUCAACUCUGCAGCGUCACAGCAGGCCUUUAUCAGGUGACCAGUGGCAUCUAUCAAGUACGUGGCCUUGAUCUCGCCAACAUGAGCAUUGUCCAGAUCCCAAAGACGAACAAGAUUAUCAUCGUCGACUGCUUGACCUCUGUUGAAACAGCGCGAGCAGCGAUUCAACUCUACCAGGACUACCACAACAGUCAGUUCCAGCAAAAUGCUGACAUUGAAGCACUCUUGUACACCCAUUGUCAUGUGGACCAUUUUAGGGGUGCGCAGGCCAUCGUAGAUAUGGCCGGUCCGGAUCUCCAAAUCAUCGGCCCAGACGGCUUUCUCGAACAUGCCGUCAGUGAGAAUGUGUACGCCGGAGCUGCCAUGUCUCGAAGAUCCAUCUACAUGUAUGGAGAAGGCUUGCCCAAGGUCUGCAGACGGUUAAAUCGGUUGCGGCCUGGGCCAGGUAGCAUCACAAGUGAUGGCGUUCUCAAGCCUGGGAUUGAAGGGCUAGAAAUCAUUUGUCAACUGACUCCCGGGAAAGAGGCCCCUGCCGAAGUGAAUUUUUACUUUCGAGACUACCACGCUCUCUGCAUGGCUGAGAAUGCAACACACACCCUGCACAACAUCCAAACGUUACGUGGAGCGCCAGUUCGCGACGCGAGACUUUGGUCUCCAUACCUCGAUGAGUCCAUCACUCUUUUCGGAGACAUGACGGAUGUGGUAUUCUCCAGCCACCAUUGGCCAACCUGGAAGUCUGCAGGCGAGAACAGUGAUGCUACAAAUGGCAAAGCUGACGACUCGCAGAACUUGGUCUUGACCUUCUUGUCAGAGCAGCGUGACUACUACGCAUACCUUCACAAUGAAACACUACGCCAACUGAACAAUGGUAGCACUCCUGUGGAAAUUGCCGAGCAGAUUAAGACGCCGUCUGCUCUGAGCGCGCGAACGAACCUGCAAGGUUACUAUGGUUCAGUCAGUCACAACGUCAAAGGAAUUUAUGACAAGUACAUGGGCUGGUUUGACGGCAACCCUGCGAACUUAUGGAGACUUCAGCCUACCGAUGAAGCAACUGAGUACGUCAAAUGCAUGGGCGGGCAGCAAGCUGUCCUUGACAAAGCCAAGGAGUACCAGAACAAUGGAAACCUACGAUUUGCCGCUACUCUCUUGGAUAAAUGCAUUUUUGCCGAUCCCAGUAAUGUGAAUGCAAAGAAUCAACUGGUAUCUAUCUAUACGACACUCGGGCAGGGAGCAGAAAACGGGACCUGGCGGAACAUAUACCUUACUGGGGCGUAUGAGUUGCAAAAUGGACCACAGGGAGCGGUCAACACCAUGACAAAGGCGUCUCUGAUGGCGCUCAACUUGGUUGAGUUAUUCGACACUAUGGCCAUUAGAAUCAAUGGCCCGGAGGCUUUUGUUUUGGAGAACAAAAUUACCAUUGAUUUCAUGGUGGAGGACAUGCCUCGACAGUCCGGGACCGGUCCUGUUGGGUGGCAUAUGAGGCUGAGCAACGGCGCCAUGACUGGGCAUGAGAUUCCAUACGUUCCUUUCCAGGACUUGAAGGAUAGCAAAGUUGACCUAACAGUAUGGCUUGCGCAUGAGACUCUUGUUAAAGUUGUGGGAAGUGCUGCGGCGGGAAAAGAUUCUAGCUUGGAUCAGACCGGAAUUAAGACCUCUGGGGAUGCUAACGCGUGGACAAAGGUUACGGCAUUGGUGGUGGUGCCUAACAAUGGCGAAUCCGUCAGCAUCGUUUUCUCGUGUAGGCACACCUCCAAUGAUGUAGCAACAAGGCCGUAUUUCCUCGUCAUUCUUCUAAGCCUUUGUUCUAAACCAUGUACUACAAACUGCGCAAAGGGUUACGAGAGGCACCUAGCUUACCUCCAUUCUAUUUUCACCAUUGCUGCGGUACGGGCAAACGAAUCCAGAUACGGCCAUCCUGUCUCUAGCAUCCCUGAUAAUUUGACUACACUGGAAAGGCUAAGUGAGGGACAGUUGCUGAACUGCCUUUUCCUGCGUUUAAGACUAAUAAGUGUUGAGAGCUUUCUCAAGAGCCUCUGCCCUGUAGCAGACAGCUCUUACACUUGA